AUGUUUAAGCGAAGUGAUAUUGACAGCGCCUUGGCAAGAAUGAAUUUUUUCGGCUUCAAGACUAAACCUAGAGCCGACUACGAGAUUGUAGCUUUGGAAGACCAACCGCUGGGAGAAUCAAGAAGCCAUGAACAAGAAGAAGAACAUGUUCAAGAAGCGAAGUCAUCGAAAUCAGAUACACAACAUUGGGCUAAUGGACUGAGAGGCCUUGCGGCUUUGUGUGUUAUGAUCCAUCACGGAAUUGUCGCUUUCAACUCUGAAGCUACUUUAGAGACAAAUGACCCCGAUGGCACCGUCCAUUUUUGGCAGUGGCCUAUCUUACGAUCAUUUAUAUCUCCCAACUUCUUGGUCACAUUAUUUUUCGUGUUAUCAGGCUAUGUGUUAUCCUAUCGCCCUCUUCAUCGGAUUAGUACAAAGCCGUCAGACUCGAUUUCUGUUCGGAAUUCAUUGGCAUCUGCUUGUUUACGCAGAAUCUUCAGGCUGGCACCUCCUCCACUGUUUUCAAUCAUCAUCUCACAUACUAUUCUAUUGGGUGGAGGUUUUGAUCAAACUCGGGCUGCGAAGUUGGGUACUUGGUGGACCACUGAUCAUAUUCCACGUUUCGUCACCCCCAACUGGCACGCGCAAACUGUAGAGUGUUUGAAAACCAUGGUGAAUCUAUGGUAUGACUCGCAAACCAAAUCUCAAUAUAAUGUUGUUUUGUGGACAAUGCGUGAAGAGUUUCUAGGCUCUCUGAAUGUAUUUUUAAUUCUAUUGGCAACAUCAAAUUUACAACGUCGAUUUCGCGUUAUGCUAGUGAUCGCACUGGGACUCGUGAACCUUUAUAGGAAAGCUCUCGGUCUCUUGCCAUUCCUAUUCGGUAUCCUCAUUGCCGAAAUACAGGUCUCACGAUCCGAAUCUAGCCCAUUGAAGAUCAACAGAAACAAACCAUGUGGCAAUCUUCGUUCAUUGGCCAUGGCUGCGAUGUUGAUGGUCGGUCUGUUUUUCGGAUCUGUACCAUACUUCGCUAUGACCAAGGCUUCUUGGUCGCGUUCCAUGUUUCAGGCCAUGUCAAGAUAUAGUAAAGACGAAUUUGAAGUGAAGCAAGCUUACAACACCAUGGGCGGAUGUCUUACGGUUUUAUCGAUAUCACAAUGGCCUGCUUCUCAACAGCUCUUCUCCACUCGACUACUUCAAUUUUUGGGAAGAAUCUCUUACUCACUAUAUGUGGUUCAUGUUCCACUUUUACUUAGCGUUGGUGUAUCUCUUGUUUGGCGAUUUCGAAGUUGGGGAAUCUCAAAUACUUUAUCAGUCUUUCUUAUGACACCUUUUUGGGUUGGAUGGGUGAUUGCACUUAGUUGGUUCAUGGCAAAAUUCAUUGACGAGAAGGCUAUCACCUUCAGUCACGCAUUGGAACGAGCUUGGGGUACAAAAACUACUUCAGAUGAAUCUAGGCAUCCAGGAACAAGCCUCCUUUCUACAACAUAA